AUGUGGCUGCCGGAGCUGUGCCUGGCGCUCCUCUGCGCCGCCGGUUCCGCGGGGGCGGCCCGGGAGAGGUCGCCGGGCCCGGGAACAGCCGCGGGGAGGGCGGCGGAGGCGGGACGCGGGGGGCCGGGGGCGGCCGUCCUCCGGGCUGGCGGCGUGGACCCCCGUCAGGCGUGGCUGCUGCUGGCCGGGAGCUCCGGGCGGGGGAGCCGCAGCCGGGACCGGGGCAGGACGGGCACGAUGCGGGACGGGACGGGGGCUGGCGCAGCUCCGGUACCCGGAGGCCAAUCUCCGGGACAACCAGCCCAGGCUGCCCUGCAAGUCGGUGUGCCGGGCGCUGCCCCUGCCCCCCCCUGGGCCCCCGCCGUGCUGGAAGAGCUGCUGAGGGAGCUGCACCUCCUGCUGAAAGGCAUGGUGAAGGAGCAGGCGAAGACACGCAGGAAGGCCUGGGAAGGGCGUGAGGAAGAGGAGGAAAGCGGUGAAGGCAACCCACAGGCCGGGUCCCACCGUCGCGUGGAAGCCGCCUUCCACUGUCGGACACGCGAAAACAUCUCCGUCGAGCAGAGAGGGCAGCAGGAGCUGCAGCUCUACUACAUCCCGGAGAGGGAGGGGAUGUUCCACCGUGGCUCGGGGCUGAACCUGACCAGUGGGCAGUACACAGCCCCCAUCGCGGGGUACUACACCUUCAUGGCCACGCUGCACAUCGGUGAGCCCUCGGGGACCCCCCACGGCCCCGCCGGGGAGGUCCAGGACGGCUCUCACCCUCCCCUCUGUCCCAGUGCGCAGAGAGCAGCAGAGGAAGGGGCAGCCGCGCAGGGAGAAUCGUCUGCGGCUGCUGAUCUGCGUGCAGUCCCACUGCCAGCACAACAGCAAUCUGGAGACAGUGUCCCGGCUGGAAGGUGGCAGUGACCUUUUCACCAUCUCCGUUACCGGAGUCCUUUACCUGCAGGCAAAGAGAACUUGUCUCUGAAAGGAAAGAUGUGCUUUUCCCCCAUCCAAACGGAUGGGCAGCAGCAUCCUGGCAGAGACGAGGCCUCUGCAGCUCCUGCCCAGCUGAGGAGCUCGUCCUGGGCAGCAUCUCCCAGUUACCAUGCGUGACCAUGAGCCAAGGCAGUCUUGCUCAGAUCAGCCACCAUCCCUUCCUACCAAACACAACCAAGAAGAUACAAAAGGACUCACUGUUGGAGAGUGGGGCUUGCCGAGCUGGUAAGCUGUCCUCUGCGAGUGAGAAAUAGAGCCCAGUGCACUUGAACACAAAAUUGAAAGUUAAUUGAAAGACUUGAUUAAGUCGGAGCUACUGGGGGGCUAAUUUAGGUGCUGGGGGGGGGGAUUAGAA